AUGGAACCAAUUUCGGCACAUGCGCCCUUGGACGAGAACGCCUCUAAAAUUACAUUACCCUUGUCCGGCUUUCAUUUCGAAGAUUACAAUCCCUUUGGCUUGGCUGAGUUUGCCGCGGAUGACGAAUGGUUCAAAUUGGGAGAUGUCCCACUUUACUUUGAAAGUUUUCCAAGUUUACCAGCGGAAGCUAGAGCCAAAGAACCAAAGUCUUUGGACAAUCAACACUUCACACAAGAUAUUAACUCGCCGUUGAAACAUGGAACGAGGAACCCAGGAGUAAUUCUUUAG